AUGCUGUAUAGUGGCGCAGACUGGCUGAUAAAAAAACUCUGGGUUGUAGCAAUCCCAAAACAUUUAUGUUCCAGCGAGAUAGGAGCUGAGUACGAAAAAAUCCUGGUUGAUUGUGAUUGCCAGCUGAAAGAUUUGAUAUCCGGUUUGAGCCGUCCAUUUCGGCAUCUCGAAACAUACCCCAGUAUGUUGAACGAGCUGGAACGUGGUAUGCACGAAGCGCAUCCUGAUCGCGGUGAUACGCAGCGAGCAGCCGCCGUUUUUCGUGAUAUUGCGAAUUACUGCACAAGUUUACGAAAGCAAAAGGAAAUGCAGUUGGAGCUACUUUCCUCCGGUUCAAUUGAUGGCUUAUCCUCUGAAGCAAUGAAAAAGCUCGGUGAAAUCAUCUACAUGGCUAUCGUAUCGGUCGAUGAUGUUAAAGCUUCCACGGAUGAAGGAUUGUUUUGCGAUCGGUCAACUUUUGAUAAAAUUUUUUCUGUAAUUUUUGCAAAAAAUGAUACUUAG